ACGGGUAUUGUACGUUUUAAAAGUGACAGAUAAAAAUAGGUUAGUUCUGUUUUAGCAAGCAUGGAAAACGAUACACUUUACCUUAGAUUUCAAAACAAAAAUAUUACUAUGAUUAUUCAAUUGUGACAAAUGCACCAGAGGUUAAGAAAAGUGAGUAUCAACUCCAUUAAAUUUAAAAUGGAACAUAAAGGCCUACAAGUAUUACAACUUCAUCGAUAUCCACAAUAUUUGAAACCAUGUUGCAAACUUAUCAAUGAAGAAUGGCCACGCAGCGAAACAGCAAGGAUGAUGUCUCUUGAAGCAUCCUGUGAUCAAUUACCUACCAGCUUAAUAUUAAUAAAUGCUGAUGGAAUCAUUCUAGGUCAUUGUAAGCUCACUCCAAUACCGAGUAUACCUAAUAGUUGUUUUAUUGAAACAGUAGUAAUAAGUAAAUCUAUGCGUGGACAAAAGUUGGGAACGUUUUUAAUGAAAGAAGUUGAAAAGUAUUGUAAAAAUGUAUUAAAAUUGGAAAUGGUUCAUUUAUCUACAAAAGGUCAAGAAAACUUUUAUGCUAAAUUAGGUUACGAAUUUUGCGCUCCAAUUUCAAUAUAUGGUAAUAGUGUUGUGAGCAAUAAUAUCGCAAAAGACAGUGAGACGAAAAAUGAUGUAAUGCCAACUAAAAUAGGUACUAACAAGACAGCCCCACCGCCCCCACCGAUGCCCCAACCUGUAAUUAUACAGAGUACUAUUAAAACGAGUAAAACAUACAUGUUCAAAUAUUUAAGUUAAUAGAGUAUUAAGAUUUAUAUAUUUUUUUUUAUUGUAAAAAUAUUUUCAAAGUUAAAUACGAUUAAUAAAAAUGUAAUUAUCUAAGAAAGUUUAAUAAACACCAAAAAUAUA